AUGCGCCGGGCAGUGACGCGGAAGCUCCUACAAGGUCAAGACAUCUGCUUUUUCUGCGCCUUCCGAUACGCCGCCGAGUCUCGCCAUGUCAGCGCGCUCCAGCCUCAGCGUCGGCUCUAUAGGGCUGCUAACUCAUCAAAACGUCCCGCUGGAGCAGCAGUUGCGCGUAUAGAAGAGGAGGACGAUGAUUUCGCCGCGCCCGCGGCGCCAGCAAGAGAGCUUCUCGGCUGGAAAUGUCGUUGCAAUCACAUCAACAAGCCUGCAAGAUCUGAGUGUACGAUAUGCUUGAGUUCCCGUCCACAGAGGCCCGAAAUGGUCUACACGGACCACGCACCGUCCCUUUUUCCACCUUCGCCUCCCCAACCCUCCCCCCCGUCGAACGGUCGUCCCCGAACCGGCUACAGCUCUACUGGUGAAGGCUCGAUAUCGGAGAUUCUGUCCCGCACGCAGUCGGAGUUCCAAGAAAGAUCGCGGAAUGAACCUUCGUCAACCUCGAGAUCGCGCCCUGGACAACCCCAACGCCAGGAGCAGUGGUCCCCAAUGAGUAGAGCUCGGAGAGAUUAUAAUGAUAGCGGUGCUGGUGGAAGAAAUGGCAGAAAUAACGCAUCCCCGCGCGAAGCCUCUUCGGAAUCCCAGCGACCACUUUUCAGAUACUCGCAUAUGCGGAAACCACCUGCGGAAUCAGGAAUGGGGAGUAUCAAUCCUGCAAACGGGGUUAGGAGAGAGCCUGGAGAUUCUCCAGGACCUUCAAGAGUAGGUAAUGCUCUAAAAUAUCGAGGGACCGAGAAUCCGACGGCUGGAGAAUUACGUCGGCCGGGAGCUUCUGGGCCAAGAAGUGGAUCAUCUGCAGAGAGAUUCGGUUCCCCUUCCCAGUCUUCACCGAGGGGUGGGUUUGGGUCGAAAGGAAGCAAUAGAGAGACUCACACACCGAAAGUCACAGGACGAGAUUUUCCAAGGCGAGCCCCGCAAGUAUCUGAAGCAGGCAGAGAACCAGGCAACGGGGUUGCUCGAGACAACUCCUCAGCUUGGCGACCCGAAUCGGCGGGUACUCCGCAACGAGCGUUCGACACAAGAACAAGCCGGGACAGACGUGUAAAAAGAGUCUCCGAAGGGUCGGAAGAGCCAGCCACUCCCGGAGAAGAAUCCGCUGCUCUGGUGGAGACUGAGCUUGCAGAGAAUGCUGAAGACGACAGACGCAAGCGAAAGCUGGUGGGUGGCAAAGAUCGUGACAGGAGAGCUCGACUCUAUGAAAUCGAGGAUGACGAGCCUAUUCAGGUGUCCCGAAGGGCUAAGCUUCCAACUGCAAGGAGAAGCGGUGUUUCCAGGGCAGGAUCAUUGGACUUUCAUUUUGACCCCGACCUUGCCGAGGAAUUUCCCGAUGAAGCCAAAUCGAGGCGGAAAAAGAAGGGAAAGCAAGCGAACCCAAGACAGCAGACGCCAGCAAGGCCAGAGAUAAUUCUACCGGAGUUCAUCAGUGUGGAGAAGCUCGCACAAGGACUCAAGGUCAGACUACCAGACUUCAUUGACAAGCUUGAAGAGGAGGGAUUUGAGGGUGCGAGGUACGACCACGUCCUAGACUCGAGCACAUCCGCCAUGUUUGCGGAAAUUUAUGGCUUUGAAGCUAUCGUCAAAACCAUUGAUGAGACUGGCGAUAUCUUCCCGCGCCCUGCAGCAGAAGAUCCCUCGGUGUUACCACCUCGACCCCCAAUUGUGACGAUAAUGGGCCAUGUCGAUCACGGGAAAACUACUAUCCUUGAUUACUUCAGGAAGGCGAACGUUGUGGCAACAGAGCAUGGGGGCAUCACUCAGCACAUUGGGGCGUUCUCCGUUACGAUGCCUGGAUCAGAACGUAACAUCACCUUUCUGGACACUCCUGGGCAUGCUGCAUUUUUAGAGAUGCGCCGAAGAGGUGCUGUGGUGACCGACAUCGUUGUCUUAGUUGUCGCUGCAGACGACAGUGUCAAAGCUCAAACCAUCGAAGCCAUCAAACACGCCCGAGAGGCCGGAGUGCAAAUUAUUGUGGCAAUCAAUAAGGUUGACAAACCUGAAGCCGACAUUGAACAGGUCAAGCGAGAUCUAAUGCAACACGACAUCGUCGUGGAAGACUUUGGUGGAGAGUACCAAGCCAUCCCAGUGAGCGGAAAGACUGGCAAAGGUAUGGGAGACUUGGAAGAAGCCAUUCUCACCUUGGCUGAUGUCGCCGACUUCCGCGCCGAAGCCGACGGACCAGCGGAAGGCUGGAUAAUCGAAAGCAAAGUUGGUGCUACGGGUCGUGUCGCAACCAUCCUUGUGCGCCGUGGAACUUUAAGACCCGGCGACUUUAUUGUCGCUGGCACCACCUGGGCUCGUAUUCGAACGUUGCGAAACGAUUCGGGAGAAUUGAUCGAUGCCGCACCUCCAGGCACCCCUGUUCAGAUUGAUGGCUGGCGAGGAGAUGAUCCUGAGGCAGGCUUAGAGGUGCUGCAGGCCGAAACCGAGCAACGAGCAAAGGAAGCGGUGGCAGUGCGAAAAGAACGGGAGGAAGCGGCGUGGGAGAUGGACAAUAUGACAGCAAUCAACGCGACACGUGCAGAGGAGGCGGUAGCGCGAACCAAAGUCCUCGAGUGGGAGAAAGAACAAGGUUAUCUGUCAAUGGGCUACAAAAGGCGUCCCAAGGACAAUGAAGGCUGGAUCGAGAAAGAGUCUGCUGGACCUCAACUUGUCCAUUUCGUCGUCAAAGCCGAUGUGGCUGGCAGCACGGAAGCCUUGGUUGCUGCUGUUAGUGCAAUUGGCAACAACGAGAUUCGAGCAAACAUUAUUCACAGCGGGACGGGCGGCUUGACUGAGUCAGACAUCAAAAUGCUGGCUGCAACAGGCGAGGUCGCUUAUGCAAUCUCGUUCAAUCAACCCAUUGAUAAUGACGUACGGCAACUUGCGGCGGCGGCUCGGAUCCAGAUUCUUGACCACAACAUCAUCUACAAGGUCACAGACGAUGUCACGGAGAAGGUGAGCGCAGAAUUGCCUCCAAUUGUGACUCAGCGCGUCUUGGGAGAAGCCGAAGUCGGCGAUAUCUUUGACAUCAAAGUCAAGAAAGGGUCGAUGAAGAUUGCUGGGUGUCGGGUGACCAACGGCACAAUUCGCCGUUCGGAAAAGAUCCGAGUGCUGAGGAGAGGUGAGGUGAUUUACACCGGCAUGCUCAACUCCUUCAAAAACAUCAAGAAGGAUGUUACAGAGAUGCGAAAGGGGUCUGAAUGCGGGAUGGGCUUCGAGAACUGGGAAGAAUUCGAAGUUGGCGAUCAGAUCCAGUCGUUUGAAGAAAUCAGCGAGAAGCGAGCCUUGCAUUAG